AUGAUCCGUGAAAUAAUAGUUUUAUUUUUGCUUAUCACUUUACUGUUAUGUGAAGUAAAUGGCGGCCGCAGUAAAAGUAGUCGGAAGAAGGGAAAAUCACAUACAGACAGCAAUGAAAAGGAAGCCGAAGCUUCAGGAGAUGUGAAGCUAAAGCACGACGAUGAUGAAAAACGGAAAGAGGAAAAACACGGUAUCAUUACUGACAAUUUCAUUUUGAGUUGCUGUCUGGUGAAACUAUCAGUGCCAGAAAAAGAUUUUGCACUUCGGCGCGACCGUAAAGGUAAAACAGGUAAGAAAAGUGGCAGCAGCAGUAGCAGUAGCAGCGAGGAAGAUGACGAACGUAAGGACGCAAAAAAGAAUGACACUAAAAGUGAUGCGGGCGAUAAAGCUAAACAGCGGGUGAAGAGAACGCAAACUGUUGAACGACUUCAAGAAAGAAUGGACAAGGAAGAACGACCGCGACUGCCGCGCAGCUAUGUACAAGAAGGCGAGCCGGUAAGACCCUUUUCCCGUUUCAUUAAGAUAUGA